GAGGACGAGGCGCCAUAGUCACGGUAGUCGUGGCGACAAGAACCCAGCAACGAGAAUCAACAACAAUUUGAAAGCUUUAAGAAAAUAAAACUGCGCGCCAAACUAACAGCAUUCAACAAGAAGCGAAAGUGGUGCAGAAAACCGGGAGGGAUGCACUGUCGCGGAGUACUCGCCACUGCCAUCUGCCAGGGGAACAGCCAUGACCGUCUGCCUGGGGACGGAGGGGUCGCUGCCGAGAGCCGGAAGAACCGCUGCCGUCCGCCGAAGAAGGGGAGGAGCGGUUCUGUCCACCAGGGGCCAGAGGACUCGCUGCUGUCUACUGGGGGAGGAGCGAGCUUGCGUCCGCCGGAGGGCGGAGGAGCGGUUGAGAACUGGUGACAGCGCAUCUGGGAGCCAGCGAGCAAGUUCUUCUCUCUCUAUGGGUGUCUCCGCGCACCCUUUCCCUUUCCCUUUCCCUCUCCCCAUGCCUCCCCUCGUCUCUCCCCCAGGUUCACACAAGCCGGGGUGGACCACCAGCUAACAGAACAGCCGGAAGGGCAGCAUCUCCCCUCCAGAAAUUGGGGGGGUGGGGGGGGGAGUUGGUCAGACCAGUGGUGCCCCAGCCUGAAUCGAGUAGGGGAGAAGUGUGACGAGGAGGAGGGCGUGGCUGGGCCGUGAUGAUGCACGGCCAGCACUGUCAGCUGAUCAGCGGGAGAGCGAGAUAAAGGGGAGCCGGAGGCGCCAGUUUGAGAGAGAGAGAGACUUCUUUGUGACACUCUUUCAGUACAGUCAAAGGCAGAGGCAUAUGCUGAUGAUGCACACAGACAAGGACUGUCAGAGUGUCGAGAACAUCUGGGGCGCAUGCAUACAGUCGGCACAGACUGUGCUUUUGACAAAAUUUACGACACGCAUACUGUGCAUGGAGAGUUCUGUAAUGCGGCAGCCGAAGUAUACUUUGGCCUUAACUGUAGGUUGUUUUAAAGUUUUAAAGUUGCCAAACAACUAAAUGUGUCGGCACAGAGAGAUUUUGGCUGUUGUCGUGAUGGCAACUUCAGGCUUCUCUGCUGAGGAACUUCAGCCCUCCCAAACACAUGGGGGCAGCAUUACAACAUCAUCGUCAGCAAAGCUAAAAGCCCCUUCCACCACCACACCCCAGUUUCUUCCCGACUUACAGAACUCGCCGGGGUCCGCAACUUCACAGUCAGAUGCCAUCGCAAGAGCACAAGCCACGCCCUCUGUAAGUCAGAAGAAGCCUGUUUUGGCCACAGCUCCUCAGAGAGCCGCUACAGCAGCACAGUAUGUCGCAGAAGAGAUACAAAGCUCCGCCUCCCAGCCAGGAAACAGCCAGAACACCUCGCAGUUUAUAGUGGUGACAGUUACUGAGGGCUCUCUUCACUCGAAUGACUCCGUGUCAGACUCUAAUUCUCCUCCCACUGGACAGACAAGUGUCCCCACACAGGUAGUGCAACAGGUGCAGACAGCACAGCAGAGGUCAGUGGUGCAGGCCACAACCAAGAGUCAAAGUGGACAACUCGGGGUCAGCAAUCUGGACAUCACACCUGAGGUCCCUGUGCAGCAUGUGUACUCCAGUCAGUUUGUGGAGGGAGACGCCAACUACAACAAUACUACAAUUCGUUCCAGUAGUUACCCGUACACAGACUCCUCCCUCUACCCUCAGACCACGCCCUCUGUCACUUACUAUGAGACCUCGACCACAUCCGGAUCACAGGGCACGUCCCCUGCCACCACUCAGGCUGUGUCUGUGACAACAGGGGCGGGCACAGGAGUGGUCACUAUGUUCUCAGAUGGCGCUUCAGGGAUAACGGUGGCAGCGGGUGGGUCCUCAUCGGGUGGGGCAGGAGGCGGAGUCAGUGUUGGAGGAGUGGGGAGUUAUGUGAUUCAGGGCAGUUAUAUGCUUGCAGGAGCUAGUGGAGGGAACCAGAAUUUCGCACACAACACACGGGCCUCACCUGCGACUGUGCAGUGGUUGAUGGAUAACUAUGAGACAGCUGAAGGUGUUAGUCUUCCUCGCUGUACUCUCUACUGUCAUUACCUGCUGCACUGCCAGCAGACAAAGCUGGAGCCCGUGAACGCCGCCUCCUUCGGCAAACUCAUCCGCUCUGUGUUCAUGGGGCUCAGGACCAGACGUCUCGGCACCAGAGGGAACUCUAAGUACCAUUACUAUGGCCUAAGAAUCAAGAACAGCUCUCCUCUACACAGACUGGUGGAGGAUCAGCAACACUUGGCCAUGAGACAGCAACCCUACUCACAGAAAAACAGGAUAAAGCCUGUACAGAAGGUGGAGGGAUUGACCAAUGGGAUGGCUCUGGGGGCGGGGCAGGGGGCAGGGCUGUCAGACAUUAGCGCUCAGGUUCACCAGUAUCAGCAGUUUUUGGAUGCGUCUCGCAGUCUGCCGGAGUUCUCUGAGCUGAAGAUUGAGGAUAACUCUAUACCAGAAGGACUCCUCCCACAACAUAUACACACCUAUCUGCUGCUCUAUAGAGAACACUGUGAGGCGAUUCUGGACGUGAUGGUGAACCUGCAGUUUCCUCUUGUGGAGACACUGUGGAAGAGUUUCUGGAGGUUCAGUGAAGGACAAACCAGCGACACGGACAUGCUCGACCUUCAUGAUGAAUCAGAGAAGCGUUUGCCAAAGUCAGUUCUGGUUCUGUUGUGUAAAUAUGAGCCGGUACUGAGCUGGACCCGUGAAUGUGACAACAUACUGUACCAAAGCCUAGUGGAGAUGCUCAUCCCUGAUGUCCUGAGACCUAUACCCAGUGCCUUAACUCAAGCCAUCCGUAACUUUGCUAAGAGUCUGGAGAACUGGCUCACCAAUGCCAUGAUCAACAUCCCAGAGGAGAUGGUGCGCAUCAAGGUUGUAUGUGCAGGAGCGUUUGCUCAGACUCUACGGCGAUACACGUCUCUCAAUCAUCUGGCUCAGGCAGCUCGUGCCGUUCUGCAGAACACAGCUCAAAUUACACAGAUGCUCAGCGACCUCAACCGCGUUGACUUCACCAACGUACAGGAGCAGGCAUCAUGGGUAUGUGGUUGUGAAGAUGGUGUCGUGCAGCGGUUGGAGCAGGACUUUAAACUCACCCUACAGCAGCAGAACUCUCUGGAGCAAUGGGCUGCAUGGCUGGACAGGGUCGUCUCACAGGUCCUGAAACCCUACACCGACAGCCCUGCGUUCCCCAAAGCUGCCAAACUCUUUCUGCUCAAAUGGAGCUUCUACAGUUCUAUGGUGAUCAGAGAUUUGACUCUGCGCAGUGCGGCCAGUUUUGGCUCGUUUCAUCUGAUCAGACUGCUGUAUGAUGAGUACAUGUAUUACCUGAUUGAACACAGAGUCGCACAGGCCAAAGGAGAGACGGCCAUCGCUGUAAUGGGAGAGUUUGCCAGUCUGAACCGAGGUCAGAGGUCAAUGGACCCUGAUAAAGAUGAGGAAGAGGAGGAAGAUGAUGAGACUGAUGAAGAUCAGGAAAUGUCCGUUCCUGUCGAAUCUGGUGUGUUGCUGGAGGAGUCUCUGGAGCCACCGACAAAACUCGCCAGAACAGACCUGUUCAGCAACAGCACACAAAACUAACACAUACACAUUAUGUCAUCAUCUCUCCUGUCAGUCCUUUAUUUGAUCAAGCUCGUGUACAUUCACACUUUAUCAUCAGUCUAUGGGUUGAAAAUUAACAUUUGUGCUAAACAAUCAUCUUUGAGAGUCAGUUUUGGACUCAACCGCACUUAAAUUCUUCGGAUAUUGAAAACAUUUCAGUGCAUUGACAGAAUAGAGUGAUAACUUUCUCAUCAUAAGCUGUCAGUGAUUACGGUGUACACAGUACACACAUUUUCAUUGCCUUCCUAUUUUCAUUCAAAGCUGCCAUGUUUUCCAUGUGUUUUGAAUCUGUGAGAUACAGCCUGAUUUAACACAUCCACAAUAAUAGCACAACAGCUAUUAACAUAGGUACAUAACAUCGCUGCUGUUAUAAUUGUGGACACAGAAGACUGAAUAUUAGAACAGGGUCAUAAGGUUGAUGUCAUGUUGCCAUAGCAACCAUCUUUUGCCAAAGCCCAUCGUACCUUACAUUGUUGUGUUGUCCCCUUAAAGGAAUAGUUCACCUUAAAAUGAUCAUUCUCUUAUUUCGUCUCAAACUCGUAUGACUUUCUUUCUUCCGUGGAACACAAAUUAAGGUAUUUUAAUGGAAAUAUGAUGUCUGUCCAUUUAAUGCAAGUGAAUUGAGACCAAAACUUUGAAGCUCAAAAAAGCACAUAAAGGCAGCAUAAAAGUAA